AUGGCUGGCCUACGCCGACCCAGCAAUCUGGGACAAGGAUGGCGACAAGGCACGCGUCGAGGAUUACAUAUGCACCGCACUUCGCCGCCCAAAUCUAGACUCACCAUCCUGAGAGUUCGUCGAUACGGCCCUCCUUGUCUCCUGGCGACUGCUACACUCGGAUAUCUCUCGACCCAGCCCUCUAUAUGGCCUUUUCGUCCCAUCCACCUUGAUGCGCCUUCCCUCAAGUCUGCUGCUCAAGACCAAAACCAGGACCAACAAAGGCCAACAUCGGAACAGGCCGAAGACAAGAUCAACAAACAAAAUACAGACAAGCCUGGUGAUCAAGAUGCCCCGCCACAGACACGCAGGGCCAAGGGCUACAGUGACAAGGACGAAGAUGGCAGCAAUUCACAGUCAGCAUGGCAGACCAUAGCGAGCAAAUUCCCCAGCGCUACGCCUUCGCCCUCUGCCAUUGGAGAUACCAUCAUCGACUACAUCGUGCCAAGCUGGGUAAAGGUGCUGCCAGGAUUUGUCCGCAAACUACAGAACGAGCUGUCCAUGGCCCCUGGAUCCCUGGCCGAGGAGAUCUGGUACGAGGCAAAUGAUCCCGAGGCCAAUCCUGAAAUCGUCUGGGAUGCCUCUGUCCGCGUUUCCGACGACCUCUGUGCAGAGGAGAAGGCAUUUCGGGAGAAGAGGGCGCACUUUACAAAGGCAGCGCUCGCACGAUAUCUCGACAUUCCGGAAGCCAACAUACACCCAGACGACGUGCCCAUCAUCGCCAUGUGUGGAUCUGGUGGAGGACUUCGUGCCCUAGUCGCUGGCUCCGCGUCCUACCUGUCAUCCAAGGAACAUGGCCUGUUUGACUGUGUCACAUACACAGCGGGCGUCAGUGGCAGCUGUUGGCUGCAAACUUUGUACUACUCAGACAUCACUCAGCAAAGCCACGCCAAGUUGAUUCGACAUUUGAAGAAUAGGCUCGGUGUGCACAUUGCGUUUCCCCCAGAUGCACUCGAGCUUCUUGUCAGCGCCCCGACGAACAAGUACCUACUCAGCGGACUCGUUGAAAAGGCCAAAGGCAUACCAGAAGCCGAAUUCGGCCUUGUGGACAUCUAUGGUGCUCUACUGGCUGCCCGCUUGCUCGUGCCCAAAGGCGAGUUGUCUGUGAGCGCGCGCGACUACAAAGUUUCUCAUCAGCGUCGGUUCACUGACAAUGGCACAAAUCCACUUCCAAUAUACACGGCUGUGCGACACGAGAUACCUUUGGCUGAGCAAUCGGAUACUAUGGAUGCGGUGGCCGCUGAAGCCAAGGCGCAGAGGGAAGCUUGGUUCCAAUGGUUCGAAUUCACCCCCUACGAAAUGUGGUGUGAAGAGCUGUCAGCCGGUAUCCCGACAUGGGCAAUGGGACGUGAGUUCCAUAACGGCCGCACGGUUUGGCGAAAAAACGGUCUUGCGCUCCCCGAAGUACGGGUCCCACUUCUGAUGGGCAUUUGGGGCUCCGCCUUCUGUGCUACCCUCUCGCACUACUAUCGAGAAAUCCGGCCCCUGAUGCGCAGCUUCCUCGGCCUUGCCAGCAUCGAUGCUAUGAUUUCUGAGCGUGACGACGACCUUGUGAAGAUGCACCCCAUUGACCCGGCCUCGAUUCCCAACUUCGCCCUCGGAAUGCGCGACAUGCUCCCGCAGUCCUGCCCCGAAAGCAUCUUCACGCAGAAGAACUUUCAAUUCAUGGACGCGGGCAUGAGCAACAAUCUUCCCAUCUACCCGCUCCUCCGCCCAGGCCGCAAUGUCGAUAUCCUCGUUGCCUUCGACGCCUCCGCCGAUGUGCGCACAGACAACUGGCUAAAAGUGGCCGAUGGAUACGCGCGCCAACGCGGUAUCAAAGGCUGGCCCGUGGGCGCAGGCUGGCCUCCUGAGAGCGAAACCCCCGACGAACUCCAACAAGACCUCCAAGAUGCAGCAGCAAAGACUGAGGCGGAUGCGCAAUCCAAAAUCGCAGCCGCCAAAGCCGCCGACGUCGCCGAUGCUAUCAAAGGCAAGAAGAAAGACCUUGGAUACUGCAACAUUUGGGUUGGCACCACGGAAGAACGCCAAACCGCGCACCCAGACGAAGAGGAACCCGUCUCCAAACUGGUAGAAGAAGACUGGGAACUCAUGCGCCCCGACUCUGGCAUCGCAGUCAUCUACUUCCCCUUCAUGGCUAACCCCAAGGUCCCCGGCGUAGACCCAAAAACCUCGGACUUUAUGAGCACCUGGAACUUUGUCUACACGCCCGAGCAGAUUGACGGCGUUGUCCGGCUUGCCCGCACCAAUUUUGACGAGGGCGCCGAGAGGACGAAGAGGACGGUGCGGGCCGUGUAUGAGCGCAAGAAGGCGCGGCGCGAAGAGCGGGAGAAGGAAGAGAGGGAGCGAAGGUGGCGGUGGAAGUUGAGCCAGGGACAGAGUGCAGGCAGGAGGGUGGGCGAGAGUGAGCAUGGGGAUCAGUUUAGUUAG